UCAUCUCGUUUAAACAUUUUGUCUUACUUGUUGAAAAUUCAUAACUAAUGGAUGAAAUGCUUUUGUGGAUGAACCAACUUCAUGAUGGGGCAAAAAUAAUCAAUCGAUCUGAAAAUUGUAAAACCAAACAGAUCAUGUAUCUGGUGGGAGUUUCAGCAGCUGUGGUAGCUCACUCAUUGCUGCAACUAGUAAUAAUUGUGUCAAGGCUGCUGAGGAAGUCUCCAUUAAUUCCCUCAAGAAAUCAUGCAUGGCUUACUUAUGCUGGGGAUCAGGUACUUGCAUAUGCAAUGAUGAGCGCAAGGUCAGCUGCAUCCGGGGUAAGCAACCUGAACCGUACCGGGAUCCGGCACAUGGCUCUGCCUGAUUUUUGUAUACCUUUGCACAUUUUCUGCGACCAUGUUGCAAUCUCAAUAGCCUGCACUUUCUUGAGCAGCCUCUUGCUGGCCAUAUCUGCUAUCCAGAAUGUGAUUUGGCUCUCAAACAACUGAUGAGAUGGAGUUGCAUCAUUUUGCACUUGCUUAAUGUUCUUGCGCUUCAACUCUGUAAUGAUAGUUAUGUACCAUUAAAUAAAUUAAUUAAUCCCACUGUUUUUAAGACUGGAAGGGAAUUCUGGAUGCUGGGUAUGGUAAUGUUCUAAAUGCUGGGAAUUCUGGAUGGAUGCCUAUGGUGCAAUUUGAUAAUCAGCUUGUUAGAAUGCUUCUGCUAAUAUGGUUGCUAGUAUUGGGCAAGAACUGAGGCUACUGGCCAUUUUUGUGGAA